CAACCCUGGCUUUGUCAAAGUUUAGUGUUGUAUAUAUAGCUCACCGCCGGUGGACGCAUUUUCAUUAUAACUCUUAAUUAUUAUCAAUUAUUUUUAAUUGUGCAAUUCAAAUCGAUAGUUUAGAAGGCCAUUCUGAAUACGUGUCUGUGUUGAGGUAAUAAACCAAGCGGCUUUACUAGUUCUCUGGUCCUCGAAUUCACACCUCAAAGACAUGACGUCACCAAUUAAAAAUGUAGUCGUAGCUGGUGCCGGUACCAUGGGUUCAGGAAUAGCAAUGGUUGCAGCAGCAACGGGUCAUACCGUUACACUGGUGGACAUGAGUCAACAAAUCCUAGAUAAGUCACGUACAGAGAUCGAAAAGAAUGCCAAUCGUUUUGCGCGCAAGUUCUUCAAAGAUGACCCAGACUCUGCUCAUUCGCUGGUCACCGAAGCAUUAUCUCGAACCAGCUACACUACGAAUUUGGAAGAUGCCAUUAGCAGCGCAGAUCUUGUGAUUGAGGCUAUUGUGGAAAAUAUGGAAAUCAAAAAAGAUUUUUUCAGACGUAUUGACGAUAUCGCUCCACCCCAUGUGAUUUUUGUUAGCAACACAUCUUCCCUAUCCAUAUCAGAAAUGAGUGCCAUCACAAAACGAGAGGAUCGCUUCGCAGGGUUCCAUUUCUUCAAUCCAGUACCUCUGAUGAAACUGAUUGAGCUAAUCCGGACUGAUAAAACAUCAGAUGAAACUUACACUGCUUUGUUAGCUUUUGGUCGUGCGUUGGGUAAAACGUGCAUCAACUGUAAGGAUACACCGGGAUUUAUCGUGAACCGUUUGCUGUUCACGCUAACCUCAGAGGCGCUUCAAAUGCUUGAACGUGGAGAUGCAACCGCACGGGAUAUUGACACGGCUACGAAAUUGGGAUUAGGACACCCUAUGGGCCCAUUCGAACUAAUGGAUAUGGUUGGAUUGGAUGUGUCGUUGAAUAUCAUGCAGGAGCGACAGGUUCGUUUCCCCAAUGAUCCAAAAAAUGUCCCAAGUCCUAUUCUGGAGAAAAUGGUUUCAGAAAAUAAGUUGGGAGUUAAAAGUGGCGAAGGAUUCUAUAAUUACAAGUAAAUUAUACGUUUGUUGCGAUAGUUAUUUUAUUAUUGGUUAUGGUUCAAUACAUAUUGAUAUGAUGGGCUAAACAAUCAAAAUGUAUUUUUUUCUUUCGACACAAGACAUAGGGUGAUGAGCCCAUUUUCGCCAUGUUUCUAUUAUCACCCUACCCAUUUGAAGCCGUUGGUUAGAGCAGUGUCUGCCAUCUUUGUUCAACGCAUUUAGUCAAAUGGUAGCGCAACAAUAGGGGCACUCGAUUCGAGUUUUCGUUGCACUCAAACACGAGAAUUGUUUCAGCGCAUUUGUAUUAUUAUAUUUGUUCUUAACAGCGAAGCAAAGUUGUUAAUGUCAAUUUUUACGCAUUUCAUUAAUUGCAGGCCGAGGAAUUAAUGAAUGCUUACUAUGGUGAAAAUAGGCGCUUUACCCUAUGUAUAUUGAAACUUUUCUAACGCCCUACCCCUUUAUUCUCUGCAGACCCGCCGAAUGCUCGGUGCAUUUUUUCCUAUCUGCACAUUUAACCCUUUUAUAAGGCAGUGGCAACUAUAUUGGCACCAACAAUUCUUAGCCAACUGUC